UGGGGAGAGCCAGUUGGACCGCGCGCGUCAGUGAGUCGUUGGAGUUCGUGGCGCGAGCAUUGUCCGCGUCUGUACCGUUCGCUCUGAGUCCUCGCGGCCUGUGAGACACGCGGUGUCUCCUACGUACGUGCGCGAGCGAGCGAAUCCCGAUCGAGCCGAAAGGCCAAUACCACGCGGCGCUCGGACAAAGCCGUUGUAAGCCGCCACGCGCAAAUAUUAGCCGUGCCGAGAAGCCGCCGUGUGCCUUUUCUCUCUCUCUCUCUCUUUCUCUCUUUCGAGAGAGGAUCUUCGGAGUCGGAGGACUUCGAGAAGCGUUCGAACGAGGGGGACGGCGGAGGGGGAGAAAGGAGUGAGAGAAAGAUCUCCCGCUGACGUUUCGAGUGUUUGACGUUCCCAGGUAAACGCGCUCCGCAAAACGCUCCGUGUUUGACGGCAAACACGGCGGCGGACACACACGGUCGCUCUUCCGCGUUUCGGGAGAGAGAGAGAGGAGAGUAUAUUGUUUACCGUCUCGCCGGCGAUAUACGGCGCAUCGUCGGCUUCCGCGAAUUUUGAAUCUCAUCGCGAGAGGAGUCGUUGAUCCGCCGCCAACUUCGCGCGCGUCGAAGUUCUCGGAUCUUCCGCGCGCGCGCGCGUGUGUGUGUGUGUGUGCGCGUUGUGUGCUGCUGCCAACUUCGUGCCGCGAGCGUAAUUUCGGCGGACGCGUUUUCGUGGAGUACCCUUCGCGGGGAGACGGUCGCAUGACGCGGACUUGCCCGGUGGUACACCGUCGUCGUCACGGCACGUCGUCGUCGUCGUCGUCGCCUCGAUGGAGCGACGAUGCGCGAGCUGUGAGAACGUAGCGUUCUUCUGGCGUAACAGCGGCGUCGCGCGUCAAUCGCGGUGAAUUUCCCCCGAGAGACAUCUUCCCUCUCUCCCCUCUUUCUCUCGUCGUCGAGCAACGCGCGGGUGCGGAAAGAGAGGAGCCGCCAAGUCGGUCGCGCGAGUGUGUUGCCGAGUUGUGCUGCUGUUGUUGUUGUUUGUUGUUGUCGUCGUCGUCGGUCGAUCGACCGACCGGUCGAAACGAAUCGUGUGCGUGGUGCGAAAUCGCGAAUGAUGGGCGCGAAAAUGAGGGGGACGUCGGCGGGAUGCGAGCUGCACGCCACCGCAGUGAUCGCGCUCGCGAUCCUGUCGACGAUCGGCGGCCACGGCAACGAGAUUAAGGAUUACUGCUCGAUACACAAGUACGACAAUCUGCCGGGCGGGCUGAGCUUCACGAAGGAGGUCGUUACCAUGGAGUACGCGAACGUGGGUGCGUUCAAGGCUCUCCACUGCUGCCUCAGGGGAUACAGGAGCAUCGAAUGGUACAAGGAUAACAGGGCUUACCCUUGGCCGGGUGGCGAGAGCCACUUUAUCCUGUAUCCCGAGAGCGCGAAUCAAACGAUCUACACGCAGGAGAUGAGAGCCUCGGAUGCGGGACGGUACUCCUGCCAGGCACGUAACGACACAACCACUUUGGAGGGCGACAUCACUCUCUCUGUACUUGAUGAGGAAUCCGGAGUAUAUACGGGGAAACCUUUGCCCACUUAUAGACCGACCUCGCAGUUGGUGCCUCUGGGAGGCACCGCGAGGCUCUUCUGCGAGGCCUAUCUGGGUAAGGUCGACGUGCCCGACGCCAAGAACUCCGUCAUCUGGUCGAAAAGCGACAGCAACAUAACACUGCCCAGCCACGGUAGGAUAGCGCAGCACAGGGUGUCCCGGGAGAACGAUCAAAUAAUCGGCUCCUACUUGGAGAUCGAGGACGUCACUCUCGAGGAUUACGGCGAGUACAAAUGCGAAGUCAGCAACGGCGUCGACGAGGAGAUCACGUUAGCGGCUCACGUGUACCGACAAGAACCGCAGUUCGUACUGAGCCUUCCGAAUGGUUCUUGGCGGAAGUCUCUCCUGCUGGCGGUCCUCGUUCUCGUGCUGCUACUAUCAGCCGGUGCAUUUUACGCGCGUUGCUGGCUGCCACUUGCACUGUUUUGCCGAGACAAAUUCGGUCGUCUCGAGGAAAGCGACGGGAAGGAAUGCGACGCCCUGGUGUGCUACCACGAGAAGGACUCGAGCCUGGUGAUCGGGAUCGUGAUACCUACGCUGGAGUCAAGGCAUCGGUACAAGUGCGCGGCGCUGGAGUUGUCUCAGCUGAGUCACAAUUGGAGCCUGGAGAUCAGUCCGCACGUUAACACGACCCGGCGCGUCAUCAUCGUGCUCAGCCCCGCAUCCCUGGACAACAUCUGGACGGACGCGAGCGUGGGCACGGUGCUGAAGCAGCUGUCUUCGCUGUCGAGCCGGACGAUCGUCGUCACGCUGAAGAGACUGCCGAGUACGACGGCGACGAUCGCGAAGCGAUCGCGAUGGGACCGCCGCGAUGUCGACUGCACCACCUCCUUCGACCGUCUGACGAUCCUGUCUUGGCAGGACGGCGGGGGCGGCGGCGGCGGCGGCGGCGACGGCGGCAGCAGCAGCAACGGGACCACCACGUACGGUAGCGGCGGCCGCAAGUUCUGGUACAAACUUAGGCUGGCGAUGCCGGCGAUACGCCCGGUCGCGUCCGAGACCGGCUGCCAGUCGGUCGCGAUGAUAGUGCAAGCCAACGGCAAGUGCGGACAGCAAAAGGCGCGCUCGCGCGAGAGCCUGGAGGUCCUCGUCUAAGGAUCACGACCCGCGGGCAAAAGGGAAAUCUCUCGAAUUUCUCCACACCACCACCAACCGAGCGAUCCCGCGAGAGGAGGCCUCCUUUCGCCUUCUUGAUAUCGAUAUUCGACGUGUCAGAAGCUUGCGAGGCAAACCUCGACCUCGGUGAUCAGACCUCAGGAGUCUUUUCAGAAGGAUCCCGCAAGCCGACGUUGAUCCCGGUGAUUCGAAUCUCUCGCGGAGGCCUCGUGGUUUAUAAGGACACUUCCCUUUGAGCCGGGAAACUCGAAGGGAUCGAUCUCGAUGAGAAAUCACGAGGUUACUUUCUUUUCAUUCCCGGUCGCGAAAUGAAUCCGAAGCGAAACUCGAGGCUGGAAGGUCGGUCCCUCCUCUUUCCUUCGAGGGAGUUCGAAUUAUAAGAGACACGAAGAAAAGGCGCGUCGCGACUUUGUCACGUUAUCACGUUGCAUACGAUCGAUUUUCUCGCGAAUCGCGUCGAGAUUGGAAAGCAAAUUCGAUUUGGCCGUCGCGACGAAAAGGGGAAACUGUGCACCCGCACAGCGCGAUGCCGCGGAUCCCCGCAAGUUCGAUUCUUUCCCCCUCGAGCCUUUCAGCUCGAAAUCAUGAUGAGCUGUUCAACAUCAGGUCUCCCGAUUUUCCGUCGAGCUAGAAUUAGGAAAGAGAAUUUCGAUACGACGAUUUUUGGGAAGUCGAAAUCUGUUCGAUUGAUCUCUCGAACAUCUGGCGGACUACGUGAAACGCGGUUACAUAAUGGGGGAAACGCCCAAAUCGGGGGAUCUGCGCGCAAGGUACAAAUGCUUUCAACUGCAUCAACAGCGUAGCAGCGCGAAUCAGCGACGCAAGGCCUGAAUUUGCUACUCACGACAAGUUCGUGAUAAAUUCGAUGGAAAACCGUUAAAGACGCGUAGAGACCUUUGUACAACUUUUUUAGUGCCGAAUGGGUGAACUUUUGAUAAAAUGUAAAAAUUCAAAGAUUUUCAGGCGGUACAUAGGCAGAAGGACUUUCUCGCGGAUGUGCCGGUCGUCGUUGAAAGUGAGUUCGAUCCUUCGUGAAUGCGAUGCUUUUUGACGCAUCGGUUUUCACGUGAUCGUAAAUUUUAGUGUUACAUUUUGUAAUAUUUAUUUUAAAAUAUGUGAAGAGAUUGCGAGUUCAUUUCCUUUCACACCGAUUGACGCGCUGCGUGAUAGGAUACUUCAAAGGUAUCAAAACUCGACUAAAAGAAUACAUAUAGCGAUCGGAGAUUUUUAAUACUUAAAUUUUUGGAUUUUAUCUUACAAUUAGUUUUAGAUCUUGAACUUGAAACUUUGAAUCUUCAUAAGGCUCUUUGAGAUAAUUCUAGAUUUUAUUAAAUUUUUAGAUUCUUUAAGUCGCAAAUUCUUAUUUCUUGUGCAAAGAAUAAGAAAUUAUCAGCACAAGUUUCCUUGAAAUAAAGUCUUACGUAAAUAUAUAAAGGUGAUAAUCAAAGAAACUAUUUGCUGAAUUGACGAUAUGAAGGAUAACACAUAGCAGUCAAAGAGAUCCUUUAAUCCUUAAAUUCCUAGAUUUUUAAAUCUUAUUUUUUUAAAUCUUUGUAUUUAGAAAUUACUCACUUAAAAAUUCUAUAUUUAUUUACUUUCUAGAGAUUUUUUGCGUGCAAUAUUUAACAAUUAGAAUGAAAAAAUUAGUAUUAAAAAAUCAUAUUCAUGAUUCAAUAUUUGUUAAUUUUUACACAUGUAAAAAUGUAUAAAAAUUAAAUAAUUCAUAAUCUUAAAAUUCCAAGCGUCUAGGAAUUUAAGGCUAUAAUCUUAAUAAUUUUCAAGUCAUCAAGCCAAAUUUUUAAGUCAUCAAGAGAACGCGGUAUUGCCAAAACUCUAAACAGAGCAACAGAUUUAAUUGAGUUCCUCGCGGGCAUUUAAUUAACUGGAUGAAAAGACAAAACAAAAAAAAAGUGUCAUCGCUUUGUGCGAUAUCGCGAGAAUUACUCUCCGUGUACAAAUAAUUUAGAUACUUCCGUCGGGAAAUAUUUAAAUUAAUUGCCUAUUUGCUUUCCACAAUCGACGAUCGAUCUCGUUACAUCAGCAUUCCGAUUGUUCCGAAAGGGCGAAAAGAGCGGAGAGAUGGAAUUGCGCAGUCUUCCUUCUCGCGAGCGUGAUAAUAGCUUCAUUACCAGCGUUCCGUUAUCUUUUCUUUUUUUAACGCGUUUGUCGCCGUUAUUCUUUGUACAUAUAUUGGGAAUUUAUAUAUUUAUUUAGCUAGCUGCGUUAUUUAUAUACGUAAUUUUUUGCAUAAGUUUUAAUAAGGCAACCCUUUAACCGGUAAAAUAACUUCUGAAGUUUCAUUCGGAGCCGAUUGAAGCUAAUUUAAUUCAUAUAAAUCCGAGAAUCCAAAAAAA